CACCAGUUUAGAUUUCGUCAUUCAAGGAGAAGCCCUUGACCAACUUGCUGCCUGCGGGACUGACGUUACAAACGCUGAGAAAUCAUGAUGACGACAAAGACAGCCGAUCGGAACGCCGCCAAGCGAUUGGGUAAGGUUUCGCUAAAGAACGAACCAAACUGGAUCACUGGGGAUCUGGGGAACUAUAUGGAUAAUGCACUCGAAAGCCCAUUGCCUACGGUGGCUAUGUAUGCAGCCCGCACGGUAAAUGAGGUUGAAGCGUCUAAGAUUACAGGAAAGCAAAAACCUGUUCAACAAAGCGAUCUUUUAAAACCAUUGUUGAUGGAUAUCGCUAAAGAGGGCCUAAAUUACGCUUUCCAAAAAUGGAGCCAGAAAGAGGAGAACCCUGAGCGACAUUCAAAGACGAAAAAUCCGAAGAAAGUGAUUGUGGUUGGAGCUGGAAUGGCUGGGCUAGUGGCCGCAUUUGAACUUGCGCAAGUUGGACACGAGGUGGUAGUACUAGAAAGCCAGACGCGAGUAGGAGGUAGAGUUCACACCCUUGGGGAAAAAGACGGUUUUGCAAAAGGACUCCACGCUGAGGCUGGUGCCAUGAGGUUACCAUGUCCUCCUGACGCGGAGAACAAGACACAUUUCCUGACGGAUUUUUAUGCUUCUAAGGAACGGUUCAGCCUACCCUUGGCACAUUUUGCCAACUACAGUGACAGAGCUUUUCUAAAGUUUUAUAACGAAGACGCUGUCCGUGUAGCAGAAUGGAAUGAAGAUCCUUUGGAACGGACGAACAAACUUUGGCCUGGAUGGAAUGCUACCCUAAUUGACAAAGGCGUGCACGACAUCACAAGUAUCAAUGCAUAUCAUGAUCGUACCACUCAAGUGAUAACAGAUCAACUGCUAAAUUACCUAAACACACCUGGCGUUGACCCAUGUGUUGCCUGGGAUCAGUGGAUUGAUCUCUGGAGUCAGUUUCCAGUCGAUGGGUUCCUCCAAAGUACUUACGAAGCCGUAAUGACAAAAGUCCAGGAAAAAGUGUGCGAGAGGACAGAACUCAAGAAAAAACACGACAUCCCUUUGACAAGCCUUGAAGAGCUCAAGAAGUACCUUCCUUGGCCUAAUGCAGCUAUCACUGCCUUCUCUGUCUUCAACUAUACACCGGACCUUGAUAUAAGCCUUGUGCAACAUCUCCGAGAUCCCCUGGGACAUUGGUGGUCAUCAGAAAUGCAUUGCAUCAAAGGCGGGAUGUCUUUGUUACCAGAAGCCUUCACCAAAAAAGACAAUGGAGGCUGGAAUCCCGACGUUUGCCUUCACGAAAACAUUCACUUCAAUCGUACGGUCAAAGAGAUAAAGUACAAAUUUUAUGAAGGUGAUACUGAAAAUAAUCAUGUGGUGGUAAAAGGCUACUUCAGCAACAGCAGACAGCCUUUUGAGAUCGAAGGAGAUGCUGUUAUAGUGGCAACUCCAAUCAACAUUCUCAGACAGAUCAAUUACACACCCUGUCAACACACCGACCCUCCCCCAAAAGAAUUCCACAAGGCCAUAGAAGACAUCUUUACCAGUCCAUCAACCAAACUGUUCAUACAGACUAAGACCAGAUUCUGGGAGGAAGAAGGCAUUAAAGGAGGCUUCUCAAAAACAAAUCUUCCAAUCGGGCAGCUCCAUUAUCCAAGCAACCUCACUGGAGAGCAUCCUGGAGAAAAAGGCAUCCUGUUGGUUUACACAUGGAAGACAGAAGCCUUACUCUUCGGUUCCCUGGAUCCUAUUACUGCCCUAUAUGAGGCAGUAGAGCAAAUAGCCACAAUCCACCCCGAGAUCAAAGGCCAGGUUGAAACGGGAGCUGUCUGUGCGUGGUACAACCAACCAACCGCUCAAGGAGCCUUUGUCUUGCUCAAACCCACACAGUACCAAAACGUCCGCUACCUCCAACAACACCCCUUGGAUAACAUCUUCUUUGCUGGUGAAGGCCUAUCGUUUGCUUCGGGAUGGAUUCAGGGGGCCCUGGAGUCUGGUCUACGGGCAGCUUAUCAGUUUUACAUUCGCAACGAGGGCGGAUGGUUCCCUUGAAAUUGUGAUAGACUUGAUUAUGGACAAUCAGUGUAGGCUAGAGCGCAAAUCGAAUAUUGUUUCUCGGUUAAGUAUUUUUUUGCUGAGCUGAACACAGUGUUAGGAUGCGCACUUCCACUAAUCAAGAACAAUGAGAAGUUUUCUUUUUAAAGGUUUGAAAGCGAUAAAAGAAAAUCGAUCACACUUAGCCACAGCAGUUUAACCUAAGUGUCGUUUUUUCCUUGUUGUAAUGAUCGUUUUUUAACUAAUUCCUUAAAUUUUGACAGUCUUUUAUACGCCUCGCGUAUCCAAUACUACAACUGGAGACAUUUUGCCCAAAUAAAGUCGAUAACUUUAAUCCAAUCAAUAACAAUAGAUUAGAAAGCAAUACUCACACAGCAUUCCGUUACAAUUUUUACUUUCAAUUUAUUUUAUUUCGAUUAUCAAUGUUAUCGACUCAACACACAAGCACUAAUGACAGGAGGCACCCUGAGGGCCUUUGAUCCUUUAAUUUUGCUGUUCACGCCACAUUUCCUCUGUAUUUUAUGCGGUUAUACAAGAGUGAAAAUUUCCUCACGGAUGUUAUUCAAGUCAAUAUCCACAAUCGAAUAAAGAUACUCUUAACUUUGAUUGAUUGAUAGAGAAAUUGAUAUCCAAGAGGGUAGGUAGAUCUGCAUUUUGCGAGAGAGCUUUCCAAUCAUGUCACACACAAGCCAUGCUCAACAUCGUCAUGUUGGUUUGUAAUCUAUGUAGAUUCUUAUUUUGCUUCUAGAACCGAAAUAUGUAAUUGAUUGAAUAAAAAAACUUGAAA